AUGAAAAUAGAUGUAAAAGAUGCUACAAAAAUACCUGUCAGUUCAAAACAUGAAGAGGCUAAAGUAAAAACUGGAAUCACGGCAACUGAAAGGGCAAAUACCAACACCAUUUUAAAACAGGAGCCGAAGACAUCUGUUAAACCCACAUCUACGCAAAAAAUGGCCACCGGUACAGAAGCUAAAUCGGCAAUCCCUACUGCAAAACCAGAAGUUAUAAAACCAAAUCAAAAAACAUUACAGACCACAACAGAACCAAAAGUAGCUUCGACUAAAAUACCAUCAAAACCAGAGGUUUUUGCGUCUGUAUAUAAACCUACGAUGGCUCAGAAAACAACUACUGGUAACACUGGCACACAAGAUAAAGAAACUACUAAAUCUCUUGCUAUGUCUUCAAAAGUUGAUACCUCAGCUAUUGCAACAAAACCUGCAGCCACGUCCACGCCAAAAGCACCACUAAACACAGUGACGGAAGCAACUAAAUCGCCAAUAUCAAAACAUGAAAUCGUGAAACCCACUCAAAAAGUACCAACCAAAGGAAAGGAAUUGCCAACAUCAAUAAAAACACCCAAACCUUCAACAAAAUCUGACAAACUAAAAUCCCCAACUCAAAUGCCAUCUCAGAGUCUACCAGGAGCGAAUAAACCAAAAGCAGGUAGUGAAGUUUCAGGUAAUGCCAAGACUAAAGUACCUUCAUACAUUGUAGCAACGUCGAAAACCAAAAUAGGUACCCCAAAUAAACCAGAAGACUCCAGUGCAUCAACUACUUCAGUUAGUAAACCAGAUUCAAAAGACGGUAAGUCAGAUACAAAGAAUCCACCAAAAUCAUAA